AUGCUGGAUAUCCUUAUGGUUUGUCAACGUGUGAUUGUUGUCGAGAAUGUUAUGGAUUGGUUGUUGGACGAAAGAGAUUUCUUUUGCAAUCUCAAAAGAAGAAAUGAUAUGCGUUCUAUCUUAUUCCAGAUCACCUCCAAGAUCGCUUCCCUGUCAAGAUCAGGGUACAUUACACAUGCCCGCAAACUGUUCGAUGAAAUGCCAAAGAGAGAUACAGUUGCUUGGAAUUCAAUGCUUACUGGUUAUUCUCGAUUGGGUCUUCACCAAGAAACCUUCUCUCUCUUCCGCCAAAUGAGAACCAGCAACAUCAAGCCUGAUCACUUCACAUUCACUGCAACUUUAAAUGCAUGUGCAGCUUCGAGUUCGCUAAGAAAUGGAACUAAAAUUCACGCUUUAGUUAUUGUUUUGGGGUAUCAAUCUUCUCUUCCGGUUAAUAACUCGCUUAUUGACAUGUAUGGGAAGUGUUUGAGUCCGUUCAGUGCCAAUAAAAUUUUUCAAGAAACUAAUGAUUCUAAUGAAGUUACUUGGGGUUCGCUUUUGUUUGCCUAUACGAACUCUGGUCAGUUUGAUGCCGCAACUUCUGUGUUUGAAAUGAUGCCUAAAAAGGUUGAUGUUGCUUGGAAUAUAAUGAUUUCUGGUCUUGGUCAGUAUGGCAAAAUUGAGUUAUGUUUGGAUAUGUUCAAAGAGAUGAGAGAGAGUUUCUGUGAGCCUGACCAAUGGACUUAUAGUGCCCUCAUAAGUGCUUGCACUGAGUCAUUACAAUUGGAAUAUGGAUUUAUGAUGCAUGCUGUUGUUAUUAAGGUUGGUUGGAGCUCAGCAGCGGAGGCAAAGAAUUCAAUUCUAAGCUUUUAUGCUAAACUUGGUUCCGUGAAUGAUGCUAUGAGGGUGUUUGAAUCCUUGGGAACACUGACGCAGGUGUCUUGGAAUGCCAUUAUUGAUGCUUUUAUGAAAGCAGGAGAUACCAGUGAAGCAUUUCUCACAUUUCAGCGCAUGCCUGAUAAGAAUGUUGUCUCGUGGACAUCUAUGAUUACAGGGUAUGCAAGAAACGGGUAUGGAGAAGAAGCACUUAGCUUUUUUGUUGGAAUGAUGAGGAACUGCUUGCUUCCUGAUGAUUUUACAUUUGGAGCUGUCCUUCAAGCAUGCUCAAGUUUGGCAUUACUAGGGCAUGGGAGAAUGGUUCAUGGAUGUGUAAUUCACCAUGGUUUCCAUGCCCGUGUGUAUAUUGGCAAUGGUUUAGUUAACAUGUAUGCUAAGUGUGGAGAUUUAGAUGGGUCUAACCUCGCAUUCAAUGAUAUUUAUGAGAAAGAUUUGGUCUCUUUCAAUGCCAUGUUGUUUGCAUAUGGGUUGCAUGGAAAGGCCAUUCAAGCUCUACGGCUGUAUGAAGAUAUGGUAGCAUCUGGGACAAAGCCAGAUAAAGUGACUUUCAUUGGCCUGUUUCUGACUUGUAGCCACUCGGGGCUAAUAGAUAAAGGUCGUGAGUUUUUUGAAUCAAUGAGGUUAGUUCAUGGACUGUCCUUGGACAUGGAUCACGUGGCAUGCAUGGUGGAUAUGCUUGGCCGAGGUGGCUAUGUAGCCGAAGCAAAAGAGUUGGCUAUUAAGCAUUCAAAAACAGGUGAUGUUAAGACCAGCUAUUGUGAAGCUCUGCUGGGAGCAUCUUCUGCACAUAGUGAAGUCGAAAUUGGGAAAGAUGUGGGGAAAGCUUUGAAGGAUUUAGAACCUCAUAAAGAGAUAAGUUAUGUGUUGCAGUCGAAUUUGUAUUGCACUAGUGGGCGAUGGAAGGAAGCAGAGAUGGUUAGAAAGGCAAUGGUAGAUGAGGGGUUGAAGAAAAUGCCUGGUUGUAGUUGGAUUGAAGUGAGAAAUAAGGUAGCAGCAUUUGUAGCAGGACAUUCACAACCAUGUAUGGAAGAGUUGUAUACAUUAUUACAUUUCCUUGAAUUAGAAAUGAGACAUCCAUGUUUUAUUGGUUUCGAAAAUUGA